AUGGGAGCAGGCGUCAAUGGGAAUGUCGCAUCUUCACACAGCAAGGGUGACGUCUCCCCGAUAGCGUCAGAUAGAUCUCCCACCAUGGCCUGGGCCGUACCAACCGAGAUCCCUUACCACCUCCCCUUCCGACCAACCCUCUCCACCCAGCAGUCGAGCUCCCUGCCAUCCACACCCUACCAGCUACCUCGUGACCUGCCCUUUCGAUCGAGAUCACCCUCUCCUCACCGUGGCAGUAUAUCUCCGCGGUCCGCGCAUUCGGAGUUCAAUCAUACCCUGCCCGCCGUCCGGAAAGAAUAUGGCGGGGGCUGCAAAUAUGAGACGGGCAUGGCCCAUUUUCGAAGAAGGAUGCCGUACUCGCUCGGCAGUGAUAUGCUGCCAGAUGAGUCUGGCCCGCUAAAGGAGAGUCUAGAGCCUGAAAAGGAAGUGAGGCUGAGUGAGGACAUCAAGAAGCUAUAUGAGAAGCUAUUACCUUCUACGGAGAGCGAACAGAGGAGAGCUCAGUUUGUACAGAAACUAGAGAAGCUGCUGGAUACACGAUGGCCGGGCAACGAGAUCAAAGUUAAGGUUUUUGGGUCUUCGGGGAAUAAACUCUGCACGAGCGCAUCAGAUGUCGAUAUCUGCAUAACGACACCCUCCAAAUGCUUCGAGCCAGUGUGUGUAUUAGCCGACUUUCUGGCCAAGAGUGGGAUGGAACGGGUGGUCUGUGUAUCGCACGCAAAGGUCCCGAUUGUCAAAAUAUGGGAUCCGGAGCUGCAGGUAGCGUGUGAUAUGAAUGUCAACAAUACGCUGGCACUCGAAAAUACGCGAAUGAUCAAGACUUAUGUUGAGCUAGAUGACCGAAUCCGGCCGUUGGCCAUGCUAGUAAAGCAUUGGACCAAACGGCGCAUCUUGAAUGAUGCCGCACUUGGAGGUACACUGAGCUCGUAUACCUGGAUUUGCCUUAUUAUCAACUUCUUACAAACAAGAACGCCACCCAUUGUCCCGAGCCUUCAGAAGCGAGUUGCUACAUCUGAAGGGUCGACAGAUGGCGCUUCCAUCACCUCCACAACCUCCUCCACCUCAUAUACUUCGUUCGAUGAUGACGUUGAAAAGUUCAGCAGUUUUGGUGACGAAAACAAAUCAACAUUAGGCGAGCUACUAUUUCAGUUCUUCCGGUAUUAUGCGUACGAGGUGGACUAUGAGAAAAGUGUCAUGUCGGUCCGCCACGCGAAAUUAAUAUCCAAGGAAGAGAAAGGUUGGCACCUGCUACAAAAUAAUCGCCUGUGCGUGGAAGAACCGUUCAAUACGUCGAGAAAUUUGGGCAAUACCGCAGAUGACACGUCGUUCCGUGGCCUCCACCAGGAGCUGAGAAGAGCGUUUAAGGCCAUUGCUGAAGGAAAAUUGGAUGAAUGUUGCGAACAGUAUGAAUAUCCACCUGAGGAAGAACGAGUCUGGGAGCGCCCAGCGCCACAGCCGCGACCGGUUCUCACGCCUAUGCCACCGAUCCAUUCGCGCGGAGGUAGAGGUGGAGGAAGAGGGGGGAGGAAUCAGAAUCACUAUAACCGUGGAUCAAACGGGGGACGACGUGCGUCCAGUGCUGCAAACCGGUCGAAUAUGCCCAGACAGCCAAACGCAGCCUUUGCUGCAGAAAUUGCUUUGCAGGCCCAACACGCACAACAUGCUCAGUAUCUACUGCACGACCAUCUCUAUCAGCAAAUACAGAUUCUCCAGGCCCAGGAACAAGAGCUACGCAUGAAACAGGCGAUAAUAAGUAGUCGCGGUAACUCGUCAAUGAUGCGCCAACAGUACAUCCAAAUUCCCAUCCCCCCACAACAAGAAAACGGUUCGCCGGACGAAAAUUCUCAAAGUCGGGCAAACAUGCACAACCAAGGCCCGCUCACAGCUCCUGUUCGGCAAAACGUAUUCUUUAACCCUUCCUUUGUUGCUCCUGUAAAUGUCCCUCCGCCGCAACCUCCAUCGAAUACCACAAACCCUCCAUCCCCGUCGUUACCCAACGCUACGCCAGAUCAUCGUCGAAAUCACCGCCGCUCAUCUGUCGCCAAUAGCUCUCCACGAAGCAGUCUACGGGCCCAGUCCCAGCCUGCCCGGCCAAUAUCGUCCUGUGUGCCGAACAACUUUAGCACCUUUUAUGCGACAGCCAUGGGCCAACCUGAGUCACCGUAUGUUCAAAAUGUACGCCAGCCACCUGACUCGCCUCAGCGGACCCCGACAGAAAAGGAUUAUGGCUUCCCAGGUACGGGAUCAUUUUACUUGAAAACAGGUCAGGUUGAAGAAACCGGUGUCUCGCCAGACUAUAUCAGCUAUUAUGUCGGGGAUUCGCCCCAGGCCCAGGGUAUAUAUGGUCGUCGUUCUAUGGCAUCAUCAUACCCAGGCCAUUCCGGACUUGCAAUUCGCAGCAGCGGACUAUGUAACAUAUUUUAUACCUCGCCCGAGUUCCGACCUUGUCCAAUGCCAACCCUAGAGCAAUCAGACAUACCCCUGGAGCAAGAAGAAAACAUGAAUACAAAUGGUCGAUACUACCAACCACCACAGCAGCAGCAACAGCAGCCCACACGACCGAAAACGCUAUCUGAUCAUGGGCCACUGAUCAUUGAUGGCUCGCUCCCUGCGAACGACUACCGCCGACAAUCCGCGCAGGACGACCACAGCGACCAGUUUUUCACCCCGCAGCAUUCUUCCACCCAUAGCCAACGGACUUCUCGACAAGAUACGCCGAAUAAUGGAUCCAACGAACCAUCGCCGUCCGACCAAUUGGUCUAUGAAGAGGCUGAAUCCGUUUUCAACACACCACACCAGGAAGUUCAACAACAUCAUCCGCAGAUCAACGGGUGGGCCCAAAAUAUUCGAACAAGCAAUAAGCCGGCCAUCAACGGACAUAUAGGUAGAUUAGAAACGCUCUCUGAACAGCUGCAGCGUUUUCAGCUCUCUGAGCCAGUGUACCCGCCGAACGUCGACCCGUCCCUUCUCAUCAAUGAGAAUGGCAUUAACAGCCAUGAUCACCACCUUGUCAAUGGGAAUGGAAAUGGAAACGGAAACGCAACGCACCACGCUCCAGCACAACCGCACCCAACUACCACCGUAUCUUCAAAAGGCAUGCCAGCAAAGGAGCCCCGCAUCACAUCUCCAACGAUAAAACGCCGUGGGAAUGGUACUGACUCUGAGCACCAUGUGAACGGCGUGUCACAGAAACAAAGGCCGAAAUGGCAUUCCGUCAGCAGUAUACAUUCGACAUCUGUGCCAAAUAUUGCUGAAGGCAGAGACGCCCAGAAGCCAAAUGGCGUGCAUGCUACCACGAAGCCAAUCUCCAACGGUAUCGGGGGUGGACACGGGCAUAGCCACGAGAACACGACUAAUACCGGCGGUGGCUGGCAGACAACGACGGUGAAAAAGAAGAACAAGAAAGGAGCAAAUAAAUCCGUGACUGGCGCGGAGCCGCUUCCUGCAGACGAGUCGCUGAGGAAAGGAGGAUGA